AUGCCCAAACCCGCCGAACUCGCCACGUUCGGCAUCAGCGCCUUCAAAUCCAUUGCGCUGCAGCCCGCGCUGCCCGCAGCGCUGCUCAUCCUUCUCGACCGCGUACCGAGAGAGAUGCUGGCCCAGGUCAUCGACCCUGCCAAGCUGCACCAAUACCUUGGCACCCCCCAGGCGCGCAAUGUGCUCAAGAUCUUCCUGGCCUUGGGUGUCGCGAGGCUGGUGAACCGCUGGCUGAGCGCGGCCGCAAACAACAACUGGAGCUUCAGCACGAAAUCUACGUGGCACUGGCAGAGCGAGCUCGCCGUCGUCACGGGAGGAUGCAUGGGCAUCGGCAGGAGCAUCGUGGACGGUCUCGUCGCGCGCGGUGUGCACGUGGCCAUCCUGGACGUGGCGCCUCUGCCCGAGGAUCUGGCCAAGAUCUCCACGGUCAAGUACUGGAAGUGCGAUAUCACAGCACCGGAAGAGGUCAGGGCGGCGGCGGACGACAUUCGUCGGCGCGUCGGCCAUCCGUCCAUUGUCAUCAACAACGCCGGCAUCGCGCAAAGCACCCCCAUUAUCGACACGCCCGACGAGUUCCUGAAAAAGAUCAUGGGCGUCAACCUCAUGAGCCUGUGGUACACGACCAAGGAGUUCAUGCCCAACAUGAUCCUCAAGGACAAGGGCCACAUUGUCACCGUCGCCAGCAUGGCCUCGUACGUCGCUAUCCCGACCGCCGCCCACUACUCGGCCACCAAGUCGGGCGCCCUCGCCUUCAACGAGGCCCUCAAGGCGGAGAUUAAGCACGUCCAUCGCGCCACGGGCGUCUUGACGACGAGUGUGCACCCCAUGUGGGUCGCCACCAGCAUGACGGCGCCGUUCGGCGAGCGCAUCAGCAAGACACAGGGAAAGAUGAUGGGGCCAGAAGAUGUCGCCCGUCCCGUGCUCAAGCAGAUUUUCAGCGGAAAGGGGGGACAUGUGUUCGCCCCGGCGGAGACAAGUUGGAUCAGCGUGGCGCGCGGGUUGCCUUCGUGGAUGCAGGAGACGCUGAGGGACGUGGCGGGUAAGGAGUAG